CACGGAAUAUCCGACAGAAAGUGUCUUGAGGCCAUACAACCCUAACCCAAUACGUAACCAUUAAAAAUCAUGUAAUGCCCUCGGGGCACUUACUAGGGUAUAUUCCUGUGUGCUACAGCUCCCGGCUUCUGCGAAGUGGCACUGCGCAAGUCUGUUUUGUCGUAAAUUGUUCUCUUCCGGUUUUGUGCUGACGAGGCGUAAGGCAAAGGCUUCGGUGCCGCUAAGAAUUCUGUGCUAGGUCAGACGUGUCAGUAUUUAGCAGACUGAAGCUCGGUCAAACUCGCACAGUUAGCAUGGCUCCCAAAAGCAGCAGCAAACAGCAGUCUGAAGAAGACCUGAUUCUGCAGGACUUCAGCAGGAAUCUGUCCGCCAAGUCAACGGCGCUUUUCUACGGCAAUGCUCUCAUCGUCUCAGCCAUUCCCAUCUGGCUAUUCUGGAGGAUAUGGCACAUGGACCUGGUCCAGUCGGCAGUUCUCUACAGUGUCAUGACUCUUGUGAGCACCUACCUGGUUGCCUUUGCCUACAAAAAUGUCAAAUUUGUCCUUAAACACAAAGUUGCCCAGAAACGAGAAGAUGCUGUUUCUAAGGAAGUCACUCGCAAACUUUCUGAGGCAGAUAACAGGAAGAUGUCUCGCAAGGAGAAGGAUGAAAGAAUCCUGUGGAAGAAAAACGAGGUAGCAGAUUAUGAAGCCACAACCUUCUCCAUCUUCUAUAACAACACGCUGUUCCUAGUCCUGGUGAUUGUCGCCUCAUUCUUUCUGCUGAAGAGCUUCAACCCCACAGUAAAUUACAUCCUGUCGAUCAGUGCUUCCUCUGGACUGAUUGCCUUGCUGUCUACAGGUUCCAAGUAAUCUACUUGUGCAGCCACUCAGAGAAAUAUGAUGGCCAAUACAGUUGGGUGGGGUGGAUUCAGGGUGUAUGUCUUCAUCUGAGACUAGGUUUUUGAACAGAAAUUUGAUUUGGACUUUAAAUUCAAUAUACAGAGCCGAAAACCUCACAAUAAAACUUUUUUUUUUUUUGACAAUUCAGUUAACCUUUUUGUGUGUAUGUGACUAACAGGGAUACAGCGGGUGUCCAACAAUAAAAAGGUAAAAUCGGUUAAGUUUUACAUUCAAGAAAUAAGUGUACACAUUAAAUUACUCUUCACAGUAGACUUCAGUAAACAUGAAAGACUGGAACUAAAACAAACACCUCAAAAAAAAAAAAAAAAAAAAAAAAAAGGAGCACACAGGCAUAAACUUUACAAAUGACAAUCAAUACCAAUAAAUGGGUUAUACUGUGAAAGGAAA